UUUGAACGGUUUGAAGGUCUUCCUGACAUCAAUCUAUGUACUUUUAAAGCUUGUUUUAACAUUUUUAAUGAGUGCAAAUAAUCAUGUCGUGUAAUUAUGCUGAUGGCUUAUCCGACUACAAGCACAAGGGCGUGUUGGGCGUUCCAGAGGUUUUCGAUGAUGAAUCAACGGUAGACGAAAAAUGCGAACAACUAGCGAAGUGGAUUCUUGGAUCAAAACAUGUAGUGAUUCACACCGGAGCUGGAAUAAGCACCAGUGCCGGUAUACCGGAUUUUCGUGGACCGAAGGGUGUUUGGACAUUGGAGAAGAAAGGGGCGAAGCCGACGGUAAACGUUGCUUUUGACGAAGCCAUUCCAACAACAACUCAUAUGGGAUUGAAAGCUCUGGUGGAAGCAGGAUUUAUUAAGUACAUCAUUAGCCAGAACAUUGAUGGACUGCAUUUGAGAUCCGGACUGGAGCGGAAAUACUUGGCAGAACUUCAUGGCAAUAUGUUCAUAGAGCAGUGUCUGAAGUGCAGACGCCAAUAUGUAAGAAACAAGCCGGCUCCAACGGUUGGGAAAAAGUUGACUGGUGAUGUAUGCAAGGGUACAAAGAACUCCCGGGCUUGCCGAGGCGGUAAUCUCAUUGAUAACAUUUUGGAUUGGGAACACGAUUUACCUGAGGAUGAUUUGGAGUUGUCAUUUAUGCAUUCCGCAUUGGCGGAUUUGAACAUUUGCCUUGGAACGACAUUGCAGAUAAUUCCCAGUGGAAACUUGCCUCUUAGGAAUAAGCGAUAUGGCGGAAAGCUGGUUAUUUGUAAUUUACAACCUACAAAACAUGACAAGAAGGCAGACCUUAAAAUAUCAACCUAUGUGGACGUGAUCAUCGAGAAGGUUGCCAAACGGCUGGGUGUGGAAAUUCCCAGCUACACGAAGGAAGUGGAUCCAACCAAGGCCAGCCCGUGCUCGUUGGAGUGGACCAUUCCUUCCGAGGAAGUAAAGCUUCUUGAUAAGCACUACGGGAAAACCAUUCGUGAAUUAUCCAACGAUCGAAAGAAUAAGUCUUUGAAUAACAGCCGUAAUGAGAAAUUGGAUUAUUUUAAAUGUAAACCCAAGAAGCUAAAAAAGGAGGAACCAGUCGAGAAUACAAUCGAUGUUAGAAAUAGUGUUAAGCAAGAAAAAUCGAGUGCUGAAUAA